AUGGGCAUGUUGGAGGAAUGGAGGAGAAGUUUGGAGGGGAAAGGUGGUGGGAAUGAUUAUGGUUUGUUGGAGAGUGCCGUGAGGAGGGAAGAUAGAUUGAAGAAACCGGGAGAUGGGUUUUUUAAAGCUAACAUCGAUGCUUAUAUGUUUAUAGUUGAGUUGGAGCUAAAAAUUGCAAAAAUUAUUGCCAUCGGGAAGGCUUUGUCUCGGUUACGUGAACUCAACAUUCCAAAUUUAAUUAUUGAAUAUGAUGCUCGGUUGGUGAUUCGUGCUAUCAAUGGUCCAAAUAUUGAUAAUUAUGAGUUUGGGAUCUUAGUUGAUGAUUGUAAAGCGUUCAAACCUCAUUCCUAUGAGGUCAACUUUGGGUUUAUACAUAGGGAGGCUAAUUCCGCAUUAAAUGAACUUGCUAAGAGUCUGCUGCUAUUUCGUUGA